AUGGCAGACUCCUCGUAUGUAUCAGUCUCAUCAACCGAUUGGUCGGAGAGUGAAUCGGAUACCCUGGAAGCUAGUUCCGUAAAUAACACGAGCGGUAUCGAGCUCCAAGAUAGUGAACCUCAAGCCGUUACCUCUGUUGAUAAUGGUGAUGAUAGAAGCAGUGAUAAUUCAUCCGGCUCGCAAAUACUCGGUGAUAUUAGUGGCAAUGAGCCCAGGUCCGACCCCUUUGGAAGUCACGCGCUGCCUUUGAAGCAACCCGGGGACCAGUAUCGAGAUUCACUUAAGCUGGAUUUCUGUGGCCAUACCGAGAUAUCUGUGCCAGGUUUACCAAUUCUUCGCAAUAACAUAGUAGCGGCGAGCCAAAUUUGGGAUAUCUUAUUUAUUGCGGAUAGGUCUCAAAUUUUGGUAUACGAAUACAGUGCGAUAACUCGUCGACCAGAAGAGCGGCCGAUUUUUAAAAUGGAAACAAGGCCUUCGCAAACAACACCAGAGAUGAGAGCAGGUGCAAACUGGACUACGGAUCCUCAUGGAAUCAAUUUUUUGAUGGUCUCACAACUUGCUGAUAAAGAGGUUCUUAUCAGCGCAGGUGAUGAUGGAAGAAUUCAACUGUGGUAUACUGGACAGAUUCUCAAGGCUGUGAAGAAGAGGAAUGCUGGACCACAUUCCUAUUCUUCUCUGUCCAAUCAUAGGCCUAUAUCGUCACUGGAAUCUGUAUUUAUACGCAGGCAAGCUGCCUCGGAAGAAACUUCAGCGAAUAAUUACACUAUAACUAGCCCAUUCCUAACUUUGCGGUGUCUGAAAUCUGCAUGGGGGCUCUCUAUUCACAAAUCAAAAAGACUGUUAGCUACUUCAGACAAUUCAUGUGUUGUCCGUGUUUUCUGCUUGGGUCCGUAUCUAGAUGGCCAGGUCUCUGUGGAUGAAAUUGAAAUUAUUGAAUCUCCGGUUUUAGACCACAAUAUCCCUGAUGUUGAUUUCAUUGAGGUGGAAGCUCCAGAAGAAGGGGUAUGUUAUGUUUCAUGUGUAUCUAUAUCUGGGCAAGUUUGCAUGUGGUCAUUUUUGUUUGGUGACAGUAGCGGUGAGCGCAAAGUUGAGGAGAACCAGUUGAGCUCAAUGGAGAGCGUUGAUUCCGAGGAUGAAAUAUUGGAUUCUCCUGAGGCCUCCGAAUCUGUGACCACCAGACACGAUUUUAAUUUGGACGAAUAUAUGGAUCAAAGCCCAGUGAAUACAGAUAUUGAAACCGACAAUGAAAGUUCUGGUGAUCGUAGUGAGAGACACAACAUGGAACCGUUGCGCAAUGGAAUGUGGUACUUUGAAGAAAAUCUUAAACAAGAAGGAUGGUCCAUAAACUCUUUAUAUGAGAGUGAUUUCAAAGCUGUAUCGAACCUGUUUGAAGUUACGGGUAACUUGUGGUUGGCUGAAGAGCCCUUGUUCAAAUUCAUUAUCAGAGUGAAUAAGAAGACUCUAAGUGGCCUAGAUAUUGCUGAUAUCAAGUCUCAAUCAUCUGAUCAUGAUCUACUGGAUUAUCCGGCUAUUCGCUUUGUCACUAAUGAAAUUGAUUCGAGAGAUAUCCAAAAACUUUCUUCAAGUUUUACAUCUUGGUCUUCCGUGUCUCAGAACCCGUACUAUAGUCUUCCGCUUUGUAUGAACAAAGAGGAGAUGAUGUCUGCAUAUUUAAGUCAGCAUGGAAAAUCGUUCUCACACCUUCGUAAUCCUCCCUUCAAGAACAAGUUUUUCCUGAUUACAACAAAGAAGAGUAUAUACCUCUGUCAGGCUGAGGAUUUGUUUUGUAAUGCAGCAAGGUCAAAUGUAUUUAAUUGGGAAUCCCCUUACGGCUCAGAUGAGAUAUACUUUGACCGUCUCAAUAUUGUACAGAUUAUUAGACCGUUAUCUGCUGUUGUGGUAGUAUCUCAGAUUGGUGCGAUUUCUGUCUUUCGACUAACCCAGUAUCGAGGGAUUUUUGGGUUGAGGCAGGAAUACGCAUUUCCUGACGUCGAGAAAGUUCUCUUUGAGGGUACUAGGUUACGUGUUCUAGUCGGCAUUGCUGUUAGUCCUAUAAAAACUGGUUGCGAUCAAGUUUUGAACCCGAAAUAUAGAUUGGAUGUUGUGUAUUUAGAUGGACUCGUGCUUACAUAUGAGUUAUCCCGCGGUAGGGACGUAAAAGAUGAUUUAUUUAUUGAGGAUAUUGUAUUAUAA